AAAUGUGCAAAUGUCCCAGCAGCCUCAGAGAGUACCAGAUGGAUCAUGCCAAGUCAGACCUAGCUACAAGUUCUCUCAGGCUGUACGCAGCCAGCGUUCUGCAGAUGCACAGCAAGGCAUCCAAGCUCUGGGCCAAGAGCCUCUUCUCCCAAGUGUCCUGGCACAAGCAACUCCCCAAGAACAGAAACAGGUGUUAGGACAACGCAUGCCCAAUGAGCAGAUGUCCCACCAGCCUCAAAGAGUACCAGGAGGAUUGAGCCAAGUCAGACCUAGCUACAAGUUCUCUCAGACUGUGCACAAUGAGCCUUCUGCAAAUGCACAGCAGGGCAUUCAAGUUCCGGUAUGUACACUGAAUAUUGCACAGCAAUAGACCUAAUUCAUCUCAGCAUAAUAUUUUACCGUUGGAA